CCACAUGCGUGCGCCCUGACUCCCACGCCUGCAUCGCGCUCACUGGGUCCCAGAUGACAUCCUCGACACGAUGAUAUGGCCAGCACUGGGUCGCAACGUCUUUAACACCAUGCUGCAGGUGUUGCCUCAAGGCUGGUGGACAAGCAUGUGUCAACUGCUUCGAGAGCUUCACCCGGCUCCUCCAUAUCAUGCUGCAGAAUGGGUCGAGAUGAUUCUACGUCGGUAUAACUAUUUAUACACAGACACACAAGCUGAGAAACGCCAAUGGUCAGACCUGGACUGUAUAUGUAGACUGAAGGAAUCACAAAGCCCCAGGGUUGUGAUAGUUGCAGCCACGACACACUGUUUUGCAGGUUCCGUUGCUUGGUCUGGUGCAUCACGGGAGGGUCUUGACGCUGCCUGGUGUUGAGCAGGAUGUCGUGGCCUGGUCUACCGCGUACUCCAUUGCUGACUAGCUACUUCUUUGGCCUGCCGUGACCUGGCAUGCUCUGUUGUUUUCUGCAUCUUGGCUGGUCGUGGCCUGUGUUGUACUGGUUAAAUGCUCACGUUUAGAUAUUCAUCAGCAACCUGAACAAUCUUGUUUCAACAAUCAGGACUUGUAGUAUUUAUCUCCUUUCCACAUUUUGUAAUCUGCCGUUAAUUUGCCGUGUUUAGUUAAGCAGUUACAUGCCACAAGUGUUGUGCUCUUUGCACCUUUAUUGUCAAAUAUUUGCUG